AUGGACCGGACUGAAUUGGCAAAAGUUUCAAUAGAAUCUGUGACCAAGUCGUACAAAGCAUGUCAUACUUGUUUCUGGAUGUUCCAUGUUUGCAAUCCGAUGCUCUGCACUGUUCUCUGGGCCAUCAACGCUCUCUUCUUCAUCUGGUUCCUCCGUUUCUGCGUUUCCUUAUGCUUUCCAGAAAAACGAAAAACAUCAACGGUAUCUUCGGCCAGGUCGACUGGAAGAACUUCUCAGGAUAAUGGCUCAACUGAAACUGCAAAUCUGCUCACGCCAAUCCCAUUCACCCCGUUUUAUGUUGAUAAUCUCAUGAUCGGCACGAAGCUCCUGAUCGGAGCAAUUCUCGUGAGCACCCUAGUGUCAUGUCAGCGUGCUCCGAUCGCUGGUGUUUCUCGUGGAAGCCAGGAGCAACGGAAUACUAGAGAAACCUUCCUGGCUGGAUCAGAAUUUGAAGAGAGUCUCAUCACCCAUCUUCUGAAUUCCUCGGCAAUGAUCACUCUCAACGAUGACAUCACCACCCUUCUGAGCAGUACCAAUCUCACGUACACCCUGGCUUCACCAGAAAAACCGUUUGUAUUCGUCGACCGCAACUAUUUCUGGAACCGCCAAGACUUUGUUGACUACGCUGACGCUGACAACACCACUGCUUACGCCUACAUCUGUGUGUUGAACGUUUCGCAGAACGAUGGAGUAUUCUCACAGAUCUACUUCCCGGAUGGUGAGCAAGUCUCGGAGAUUGUCUUCGGAUGUGAGACUUCCAAGGAGUGCUGUGGAAUGAAGUGCUGUGGAGAUGACGUUCUGAUCAAUAUCAUUAUCGUCGGAGCCAUCAGCCUUGCACUCCUCUUCCUUCUCCUCUGCAACAUCGUCAUCGGAUUCAAGAAGCGUCGUGAAAAGGCCAAGAAAAACGGAAAGUCCGCCUAUCAUGCCACCGACACCACCAACGCCAACGACGAAGUCAUCAGCGCGGACCAGAUCACCUACGAGACACGUCACCCGGCAAACACUCGUGGAAGUCCCACUGCUGGAAUCGAGACAAUCCAGCAGUCAACGAAGAAAAACUAA